AUGAAGCCGCGCAUCUCUGUCACCGAUCUCUCCCAGGACGGGCAGUCUGGAAGGAACACCCCCGAGGAGGAGGACGCAGAGGCUGCGCAGUUUCGCAAACGGGCCUUGCUAGCCCGUGACCUGGGGCUGGAUGUGUCGCUAUUGUGCAAGGUCACCACAGUUCCCCGUCCCGAAGGAAUUCCGAUCAAGCUGGCGCAUGCAGACGAGGUCUGCAGCCUGUCCUUCAGCAGCUGCAGCACUCGCCUAGUCGCUGGCGGCUAUGACCAGCACCUGGUCAUGUGGGACGCUGAAAGCAUGGCUCGGACGGCCGAGCAACAUGUGGAAGCCGAAAUUGUUUGCGUUGCCAUCUCGCCGUGUGGGAAGUACGUUUAUUGCGGGGACAACGACCGCGAAGUGAAUGUCUUUGACGCCGGGACGCUCGAAGUUUUGGGGAAGCAAGUGCUCAAGGAGCAGUUUGUGAGCCUCGUGGGCAUCAGCUCACCAACCAGCCUCUUGGCUGUCGCAUCGCACAUCGUCGUCAAGAUCUUCUCGGUCCCAGAUGUCGAGGAGGUCACAAGUCUCCAGCACGGCGGACAGGUGCAUAGCCUGAGCUACUCGCCCACCCUCGGCAUGCUCGCAGCAGCUGGAGGCAUUGAUAUUACGGAAUCGGGCCUCCUCAGCUACAACAGCAGCAGCUUCCGAGAGAAAGAUCCAGGAGGGAUGAAGGCGGUGGUCUGGAAAGGAUCCAGUGAAUUCGCUGCAAUUUGGGAUGAGGUCGGCACUGUGAGUUACAAGGACCCCUGCCAUGCCGCCAGCUUUUCACCGUCGGGCAAAGCUCUGGCGUUGGGCGGAGAGGACCGGAUCAUCUCACUGCUCUCCGUUGAGAAAAAGUUUCGACAGGUUGAGCAGCUUCCCUGUGGCGCCGGCAUUCGAUGUCUCGCCUGGGCGGCAAACUCGCGGCUCCUGGCUUCGGCUGGGGAGGACAUGCGUGUGUCAGUUUGGGAUGUGCUGUACAAGCGAGUCAUUCUCCAGCUGCCUAAGGCAGAUGACUGGCUGUGCAGCCUAGCGUUUAGUGCCAACUCCAAGUGGUUAGCAGCUUGCGGGUAUGGCCAGAACACGGUCGACCUUUGGCCACUCGAGGUCGAACUUAUAGACCCGAGCUCGAACGAAUGA